UGGUGGCACAUGGCCCAGGCAGCUGUUUACGUUGCUGAUUGCGUGUCAAAAAACACACAUUGCAAUUGGAUCGAUUUUCCGUAAAGAGCCACGUGAGUUUUAUUUUUAGAACUAAUAAUUAAAGGAGAAAUCAUCGAAUAAAUUACAUGAAUGACAUGAAUGCAUGGUAUGUUGUGCCCUCGCGCUCAUUCACUGUCUUAUUGUCUCAUUGUGCGCGCUCAGGCACGACGGGAAAAAAAAACGUAUAAAAUUAACCCAAACACCACCAGCGCGUGAACUGACAGACAGCUAGGCUACAUAUCUGCGGUUUCGGGACGCGACCUUUUUUACACCCCCAGACGAUAACAGUCUCGCGCUGGUCACCAGUGAUAAACGAUUAAAAAGGCGCGUGCCAAAUAGGGGGCUCUCUCUCUCUCUCUCUCUCUUGUGUCCCCGCGCGCACUGGCUUCGGAACACACACACGACAAAUCAUUUGAUCGGAGUCGUUUCGCACGCGGUAGGCGGACCCUGGACGCUCUUCACAUCCCACUUUUGAGAAGAUUACUAGAACAAUUCAUUGGGAAACACAUGACAGUAACGCAAUUUGAAGGGAAGGCGGACGGACGUAGUGGGACAGAGGCAGGACGACGCACCGUGGGUCGAGGCAGAGCCGAGCAGCCAGCGGAGACCGGAGCUUUGUGGAGAUAUUUGGAGUUUGAGGACACUGGCACUACUCUGAUCCUCAGAGGAAAAUAAAGAAGUCACCCUCAGAGUAAUUUUCAUACAUCGACAACACACUUCAACAGAAAAUUUGUUCAACUUGCACUAAAGCAGCACAGCAGAUAUGAGUGAGGAUAAACCAGCAGACACUGUGGAACCGGCCCCUGCUGAGAUGAACGCCAUCCCUAAUGGGAAAGGCCAUGAACCUGGAGAGGAGAUCACAGCACUGGCCAAAACACCAUCCGCAGACGAUGGUGAAAAUGCUUGUAGGGAAACUGUGGCCAAUAGUGCUCAGAAUGCUAGUCCACACAGGACUGAAAAUACAGAGGCCAAUCUUCCAGAGAGUCAAGAGUUCUUAUCAGGCAUUGACGACAAGAAGACAACACGCUUUACAGAUUUUGAGGGAAAAACUUCUUUUGGCAUGUCCGUCUUCAACUUGGGGAAUGCGAUCAUGGGAAGCGGAAUACUUGGACUUGCAUAUGCCAUGGCCAACACAGGAGUCGUCCUGUUUUUGGUACUCCUGACAGUGGUUGCAGUCCUAUCAUCAUAUUCUAUCCAUUUACUGCUCAAGUCAUCUGGGAUUGUAGGUAUCCGUGCGUACGAGCAGCUCGGGUAUAGAGCCUUUGGGACCCCGGGGAAGAUGGCGGCAGGUAUUGCUAUUACGUUGCAGAAUAUUGGAGCCAUGUCCAGUUACAUGUAUAUUGUCAAGUAUGAGUUUCCUCUGGUCAUCCAGGCCUUUCUGAGGGUUGAUAAGCCUGCUGGUGAAUGGUACCUGAAUGGGAACUACCUCGUGGUCAUUGUGUCCAUUGCAGUAAUAUUACCACUGGCUCUCAUGAAACAGCUUGGGUACCUGGGAUACACUAGUGGCUUCUCCCUGAGCUGCAUGGUUUUCUUCCUCAUUUCAGUCAUCUAUAAGAAAUUCAACGUCCCUUGUCCAUUUGUGGACUUUGCAUUAAAUGGCACUGCCAGUGGGCUGAAUGUCAGUGCUACAGAUCCUGGUGGGGAGGAAGACCCUGCCUGUAUUCCCAAAAUGGCUAACCUCAACUCACAAACGGCCUACACCAUCCCCAUCCUGGCGUUCGCCUUUGUGUGCCACCCUGAGGUCCUGCCCAUCUACACAGAGCUGCGCAAUGCCACCAAGAAAAAGAUGCAGCAUGUGGCCAACAUCUCCAUUACAGUCAUGUACGUCAUGUACUUCCUGGCAGCUCUUUUUGGAUACCUAACUUUCUAUGGUGAAGUGGAAGCAGAGCUCCUUCACACCUAUAGUCGUAUUGACCCAUAUGACACUUUAAUUUUGUGUGUUCGGGUGGCUGUGCUCAUUGCCGUCACGCUCACUGUACCCAUCGUCCUCUUCCCUGUGCGGAGAGCUAUCCAGCAGAUGAUGUUUCCCAACAAGACCUUUUACUGGCCUCGCCAUAUUGCCAUUGCCUUUAUUCUGCUCACUUUUAUUAACCUGCUGGUCAUCUUUGCCCCUAACAUCCUGGGUAUCUUUGGAGUCAUUGGUGCCACGUCCGCCCCUUGUCUCAUCUUUAUCUUCCCUGCUGUCUUCUAUAUUCGUAUUGUACCCAAAGAAGAGGAGCCACUGCGCUCUUUCCCUAAAAUCCUGGCUGUGUGUUUUGCUGGGAUAGGCUUCCUGUUCAUGAUCAUGAGUCUCAGCUUUAUCAUCAUUGACUGGACAUCGGGGACAAGCAAAGCCAGCAGUGGUCACUAGGCCACAUCUAUUUCUUCAGGUUUUUUUUUAUUAUUGGUUAUUUAGAUCUGUGUUGUGAUGCUAUCGUCUUCAGUUUGGAUUGUGUUUGAUGUUGAAGAAGCCCCAUCCUUUCCAGUUGAGAAUAUUGGCCACAGAGGAGGAGUCCAGAGUUCAGUAAGGCGCUCUGUUUCUUCACAAAUGCUCUCACUCUGAUGUUGUUUUGUUGUACAGUACAUCCUGCCAAAUAGUGACAACAUACAGGCCAGUAGUCUUUCUUGGAAAGUUCAUCGUAAAUUUCUAGAAUAGGUCAGGUGCAUGAAUAUCGACUUUGACAUUUAGAGGCUGUGCCUUGUGAGGUGGAUGUAAAAAAAAAUGGGGAAAGAUGUAGGAACCCACUGUUUUUAUACACCUGCUCUGAUAUGAGUUAUAUAGUUGUGGAUUUCUGCCAUCUUGUCUUAUCCCUGUGUUGUCCUAAGAUGAGGUUUUAUCUGCCAACUGCAAACUCAGAUUAUAAAACUUAAUCCGAAGCAACUCCCUUUUAACUGUUUGGAUGACAGAAAUCGACUGAAUGAUUCUUUUAUGCUUUUAGAUCUGUUAUUAUCUAUCUAUAUAAGUUAUUUGAAUAAAACUACAUCUUCGCUAUUGCACAGACAGAAAAAUACAUUAAAAGGUGCAAAGCCUUUAUCUCCUACUUCACUAACUUGUGCUGCUGCCGUUUAUUUUAAGGCUCAGAGGUGUUAACAUUCUCACCUCUUCCAGAGCAGGGUGCAAAACCACACAAUGAAUGUGGUUACAGUAUUGUGAAAACAUUUAUCGUAACAUUCCUAGAUAAUAUGAGCUAGAUGUAUAUUUUUAUUAGUAAUCUGUACUUGACGUAAACCUCAGAAGAUGCAGAAUGGACUGAAAAAAUUGGUCUUAAUGAGGCCAUGAAUAUCAGAGAGACAGGUUUCAGAUCAGUGUUACUAGAUGUGAUUUGACUGUCCAGAUCACUAUAUAUGUAAGGAAUCAUACUGUAUGAAAUGUACACAGCUGUGACAAAUGGUACCGAAGACCUCAUCAGUUGUAUUGUACACGUCGAUAUGAUCAAGGAAAUGAGAAGAAGGAAGUUACCGCUCAGUGUUCCUUGUCAUUGAGCACAGAUGAUUUUUCCCCCGAAAGAUCUGUUGUGUUGUUUCUGGAAGUAAUCAGAGAUAACCAAAACAUGUAUAAAACAGGGUCGACUUCACAAAGUGGUUAGUAAUAGUUUGGUGUGUUUAUGUAUCGUGUCCAGCACAAGCCUAAUCCCUAAUGACAAUGCUACACGAGGGAAUACGGUUUCUUUAACAAUCGUGAAAUGUUGAUGGUUAGCAAUAGCACUUUUAUUUGAUAAGCACAACUUCUUGUAACCAUUAACCUGUGGAGAUACAAGAAAAUCAUGUUAGACAUUCAAAUAUUUGAUAGAUGUGAAUUAAAGGCAUCUCAAAAAAAUCACUUAAAUGUAGAUUAUAUGAAUAUCAGCAAUG